ACACUUUAAAUGACUAAAAAUGAAUAUUGAAUUGCAUGUGCAUGGACUACAGUUAUUAAAUGAUUACUGAUGUUACAUAAAUAUACAUUUGUCCCGUAAGUGAACUGUGAAUUCUUCAUCAGGCUGAGGCGUGACAUUACUGAAGUAAACCAGCGCACUUACAAAAUCUGAAUCAGAGUACUUCUCAGUAUCCGGAGCUUCGCCUGAAAAAUGACACAACAUGGUCAUCAUGAGUGCGGUGCUCACGGAGGAGGUUCAUAAAUUCGAAGUUGGACUGAUAGCAUCAUUUGGGUCGCGCUGCCAUUUUGUUUUUACAAGGAACAGCGGUGUACCAGUGACACUCGUCCUGGAGUGCAGCUGACUGUCCUGCACAGUUUAGCUACUACAACCCUAAUCAAACACACUUGAAUGUCUUCAGGAUUACUAAAGCUACGUGAAGGAAGCAGGUAGGCUCAUUAGCUCGCUCAGGCAGAUGGUGUUGCGGUGGGAACAGGAUGGUGGUCUGUACUACAUAUGUGCCACGUCUGUGAGGAAACUGCUGGACGUUACUGGACAGCUGUAGAGGCUGAUCACUGUGACCGGUCCAACCAAAUCCCAUGACAACUUGGUGGAGAAAUUCAGGACUUCUGAGAUGCAACAAGAAAACAAGAAGAAAGAAAGACAUGCAGGUUUGGAACAACAUGAGGUGUUCUCCAUCCAUCUGUUAGUGGUAGUUUUGGCAGUGCCCUAUCAGCACGAGUGCCAAAUCUAAAGCACCUGUAAGACUCUUCUUUGCCAAACCAUAAACAAACACGCCACACCAACUGCCAGUUUUGUCUUUCAAAAGAAAAAUAAGACAUCACCCAAUGCAACUGAUGAAACACAGCGACAGAAGCCCUAGGACCUGGUGCAGAGAUGUUUUCCACAGCUCUUCCUACUCGAAAGCGUCGGCGGCCCGAAGUCGCCUUCACUCAGGGUCGCGGGGAGGUGAAGUUCGGGGAUGUGAAGGUGUACCUGGUGGAGAGGAGGAUGGGAAAAAGCAGGAGGAAUUUUCUCUCUAAUCUGGCCAGAUCAAAGGGGUUUUGCGUGGACGACGCUCUCAGCGGAAACGUGACUCACGUCGUGUCUGAGGGAAACGCAGCGCAGGAACUCUGGAACUGGCUGGAGGAGCAGGGAUUCGGAGAGAUGCAAGACAAACACGUGCUGAAUGUCAGCUGGUUUACUGAGAGCAUGAGCGCUGGACGGCCCGUGCCUGUGGAACUGAGACAUUACAUACAAAAUCCCGCUGCAGAUCAGAGGUCUUGUGCGCAUCCGUCAGCCAAACCAGAGUAUGCUGUGUCUCAAUAUGCCUGCCAGAGAAGGACGACAUCGGAUAACCACAAUAAGAUAUUUACAGAUGCGUUGGAGGUCCUGGCAGAGAACAUGGAGUUCAGUGGGAACCAAGGGCCAUGCCUGGCGUUUCGGAGGGCCGCAUCAGUGCUCAAGAGUCUCCCUGCUGCCCUACAAUGCCUGGAGGAGACACACCGUCUGCCCUGUCUGGGAGAACACAGCAAGGCCAUCGUGGAGGAGAUCUUUGAAUGCGGAUCAUCCUCCAGAGUCGAAGAGGUACUGAAUGAUGAGAAGUAUCGAACUAUGAAGUUAUUCAGCAGUGUCUUCGGGGUCGGACCCAAAACCGCAGAGAGCUGGUACUAUAGAGGACUCCGGACGUUUGAACAGGUUCUGACUGAACCCAGCAUCAGACUGAACCGCAUGCAGACCGCAGGGUUUUUGUUCUAUGAGGACAUCAGUAAGCCGGUGAGCAGGACAGAGGCCAUUGCACUGAAGAUUAUAGUGGAGGAAGCUGUUAUCUAUGUCAACCCGCACGCCACCGUCAAUGUUGCAGGAGGAUUCCGCAGGGGAAAGGAGUUUGGUCAUGAUGUGGACUUCAUCAUAAAAACACCUGAGCCAGGACAAGAGGAUGCAAUUCUGCCUGCGGUGAUUGAACGAUUCAAAAGCCAGAACAUCCUGCUGUACUCAGACUUCCAGGAGUCGACCUUUGACCUGAGUCAGCUGCCGAACCAUCGGUUUGAGGCCAUGGAUCAUUUCAGCAAGUGUUUCCUGAUAGUGAAGCUGAAGAGAGAGCAGGAGAGCCGGGAGCGAGAGACGUACGCAGGAGCGAGUCGGGACUGGAAAGCCGUGCGUGUGGAUCUGCUGGCUCCUCCGGUGGAGCGCUACGCCUACGCCCUGCUGGGAUGGACAGGCUCCACGCUGUUUGAAAGAGACCUGAGACGAUUUGCCAGGCUGGAGCGAGGAAAACUGCUGGACAAUCACGUGCUGUAUGACAAAGCAACGAAAGCCUUUUUGCCUGCUAGCACAGAAGAGGACAUCUUUGCCCAUUUGGGUUUAGAGUUUAUUGAACCCUGGCAAAGAAAUGCCUAGUUUGACUCGGAUUCAGCAGCAUCAGCGGGAGCCAUCAGAAUGACGCUGACUCACACUGAAACAGCUGCUGUAUGAUUUGACCAGCCAGUGUGAGGAUUAUUGAUAGUUCAUGUGUUGUUAUUUUCUUUGUUUAGCAAAAGUAUUUGUACUCCCUUAAAAAAAUGUCUGAGUGUCACUGCAUUAGUAAGAAAAGAUCACAGCGUAUUUGAGAGAAAGAUGCAUAAGCACACUUUUCAAAGCAUUUAACAAAAAAUGUGUGUAAUUUCUGUAGCUGCAAAAGUAAUGAUUGCUUACUGUAUAUACCAAUUUCCUAAAAGUAUCUUUAAAAUCACUCACUUUUCAGAAUUUAUUCAACUGAUGAUGGAUAGAGUAAAAGUCUCACUCUACAUUUUUUUCCAUGUUUUGUUUGGAAAUACACUUUCGUUCAAAAGUUUGCAGUCGAUAUGAUUUUUUAAAAAAUGUUUUUGAACUUCUGAAGUCUCUUCUUCUCACCAAAGCUGCAUUUAUUUGAUCAAAA